UCCUGAGUCAACAAUGUUAAUAUCCUUAGUUGGAGAUAUUAUGAGAACUGGCACUUUUUUUUUUUUUAAUUUUAUUUAAAGUCCAUGUAGUUUACUUUUUAAUUAACUAAUGAUCUAGCAUUUUCAAUGAGGUGUCGACUAUAAGGCUCCCUAAGGUCUUAAUCAUGUUUGCUUUUCCAGUCCGCCCAACGAGAAUCACGUCUUUUGUCUUUUGAUUUGAUGCAUUAUUUUAUCUACUUUACCAUCCACACCGACAUGGUUGAAAUAAUAUAAGGGUUUUGGCAUCAGAUACUCAAAAGUUUAGAACGUAGAGACAAGUAAAGGGAUCCGGCAGAAUUGUUAAAUAGAAGAGCUGGUGUUUGUGAUUAGCAGAAGAUCCAGAGAGGCAGCGUCCAUAGAGAAGUUGCUGACAUCAAAGAUGAACUGGAGAGCAUCAGAUCGUUCCUCAGAGAUGCAGACACAAAGAUGGAGAAUGAAGAAGACAAUAACCACGGACUGGAAACUUGGGUGAAACAGGUAAGGAGAGUAGCAUGGCGAAUGGAAGAUGCAGUUGAUCAGUACAUUCUUCGUGUGGCUAAAAACUAUGAUCAACGAGGAUUCAAGGCAGUCAUUGGUAAAAUCUCUGGCUUGGUCAAGAAUCUGAGAGCCCGGCAUAACUUAGUCACAGAGAUUCUAGACAUCAAAAGAUCGGUCCGUGAAGUCAAUGAAAGAGGUGAAAGAUAUAGCUUCACUUCCCUAGAGGGAGGAGGAUCGGGCAGUUCCGGAAGAGCCAAGAAAGACCAAGACCCAGUUAUAGGUUCUCUGUUUCUCGAGGAAGCUGAGCUUGUGGGAAUUGAAAUGCCCAUAGAUGAGCUUAUAAACAAGUUGGUUGAUGGAGAACCCCAUCGCGGUGUGGUUUCAGUUGUUGGCAUGGGGGGCUUGGGUAAGACCACUGUUGUCAGGAAAGUAUUCUGUGACCAGAGAGUGAUAACAGAUUUUGAUUGCCAGGCUUGGAUUACUGUGUCUCAGUCGUAUGAGAAGGAGGAGCUCUUGAAGACUAUGAUCAAGCAAUUUCAUGAAGCGAGGAAGGAAUCUGUACCAGAUGGACUUGAGACAAUGGAAUUGGAGAUGCUAAUCAAAUUUCUAAAGGAAUAUUUGGCACAAAAGAAGUAUUUGGUUGUGUUUGAUGACGUGUGGAGUGAAGAAUUUUGGGAACAGGACAUAAAUCAUGUUCUACCACUUAAUAAUGGUAGAGGUGGUAGAGUAUUGAUCACCACACGCAGUGAAGAUGUUGCUCCUUCUUCUGAAGAAUCUCCUUUUUAUCAUGUACACAACCUCUCGCCCCUACCAAAAGACAAAGCCUGGGAGCUAUUCUGCAGGAGGGUAUUCAAGUGUCAAGGAGGCAGUUGUCCAGAGGAGUUGAAGGAGCUUUCAGAGGAUAUUGUUUAUAGAUGCGAAGGAUUACCACUAGCAAUAGUAACAAUUGGUGGUCUAUUGUCAACCAAAGCCAAGACUGUCUCCGAAUGGCAAAAACUGCAUGACAGUCUUGGUUCAGCUCUGGUAUGCAACUCACGUCUUAAACCAAUCUUAAGCAUUCUAUCACUCAGUUACCGUAAUCUGCCACACUACCUCAAGCCCUGCUUCUUGUAUUUUGGCAUUUUGCCAGAGGACUAUGAGUUCAAUUAUGCAUCCUUGCUGCGACUAUGGGUAGCUGAAGGGUUUAUAAGAGAAAGAGGAGGUAUGACAUUAGAAGAGGUAGCAGAAGAAUACUUGACUGAGCUAGUUCGUAGGAGCUUAGUUCAAGUCACACGAUUUCACCCUACUGGUAGAGCUAGAAAGAUAUGUCGUGUUCAUGAUUUAAUCCACGAACUUAUUCUUUCGAGAUCCGAGGAAUUAAGCUUCCAACACGUUCCAAUCACAGCUUGUGCAAAUCUCGAAGGGUUUGCUCGACGCCUCUCAAUCUAUAGCAAAAGAAGCGAUGCUGCAAAGAGAAUUAGUGACUGUCGUACACGUACAGUUUAUUUUGUUGAGACCAAUGAGCUAUCAAUGCCCUUGAUGAAAGCAAUCUUUGCAAACUUCAAGUUCUUGACAGUGCUAAGUUUUGAAGGUUGUGCUAUAGAUUACAUACCAAAGGAGGUCGGAAAUGUCUUGCAGUUGAGGUAUUUGAGUGCAAGGGACACAAAGGUGAAAGAGAUUCCCAAAUCCAUAGGAAAGCUGAAAAACUUGGAGACUUUGGAUUUGAAACGAUCCCAGGUGGUUAUGUUGCCAACUGAAAUCAACAAGCUCCGUAGGUUGCGUACUCUUCUUGUCCACCCCAAAGGUCAAAAUCGCAUGCUAGGGAUGAAGCCAGUGGAUGGUAUUGGGAACCUAGAUUCCUUAUUAAAGUUGUGCUAUGUGGAAGCAAACCUUGGCAGUGGUUUUAUUACGGAGUUGGGAAAGUUGAAGCAGUUGAGAAAAUUAGGGAUUGUGAGGUUAAAAACAGAGAAUGUUACCACUUUGUGGAGUGCGCUACAAAAUAUGAGCAACCUACGGUCAUUGGGUAUAUACUUACUCGAAAAGAAGGAAUUUCUUGACUUGAAAUCAAUGCCUUGCCCCUCUUCCCUUGAAUCUCUGGGGAUAUUAGGGCGACUAGAAUCAUUGCCAGAUUGGAUUCCCAAACUCAAGAAUCUACAAAGAAUUGUCUUAUUGUCUUCAGGAUUGACGCUUGAUCCUUUGACCUCUCUUGGAACUCUUCCUAAUUUGUCAAAACUUACCCUGAACAAAGCAUAUGAUGGAGACUGUUUGCACUUCAAGAAGGACUACUCAUUUGGAAAGCUGCAGGUGUUAAGUCUUUGGAACUUGAAAUCACUGACUGAGAUAAUCAUAGAGGAAGGGGCAUUGCCCCUUCUCAAGAGCCUUCGAAUUGGGCCUUGCCCACAGCUAAAGGUGCUACCCUCUGGCAUUGGCCAUUUGCAAAAUCUUGAACGUUUAGAAGUUAGGGACAUGCCAAGAGAAUUUGUGCAGACAAUGUUACCUGAUGGAGGCCGAGACUAUUGUAAAGUCAAGCAUAUACCACUUGUCCUUUUCAUCUACAUGGUCAGAGAAGGAGGUUUGUCUUACAAGCUCCAUGAUCCAAACAUCUCCAAACAUCUUCUAGACGAGACCUAUGUCUAGAAAUUGAUGAUAGAAUAUUUUCAGCAUAUUUUCCACAAUUAAAGGUACCACCUUCUCAAAUACUGCUAUCAAUCAAGCAAUAUAGUAUUGUUGCAUAUUUGUAUUGUGAAAGUUAGAACCAAGAGUCUUUUUUAUGUAAAAUAACAUUAGUCUUUCAGCCUGGACUUUAAUUUUAUAUCCGAAAAUUUCCCUCAAUUUUGCUGCUUUCUGAUUUUGUAAACGUACCACACCCUGCAUGGUUUAUCUGAUAUUUGAUUUUGGACUCCAGGAAGUUUAUUGGCCUAAGUAAGUGUACUACACUCAACACUUUAGUUUCAAUGACUGCAUCUAUAUCGUUCAGCUCUUUUCUGUUUCAAACUGUAUUAGGUCAUGCUCCAGCCGGUUAUCUUCUAGUUUCUGAUGUUAACAGCUUCUUUCUGUUUCAAAACUACCUCCGCCAUCAUGCUUCAGCACAUUAUGUUCCAGUUUCACUGUCUGCUGCUGUCAUGAGGAAGUUGCAAAUGUGAUCAUCUAUGCCUUCUUCACAAGAUUUUGUGAUUCAUCACUGUUUUUUUCUUGCUAUUCUGCUCCAGCCUCUUUUGCCAGCUCUGUUUCUUAUUCAGCUUGGUGUGUUAAAUGGACUUCUCUGGUUUAAGUUUGUAGUUGUUUAAAGCUCUGUUUCAGCACCUCCUGCCAAUCACAGUUCAGCCUCUAUAGCUAGUUUUUUGGAUUGGUUUAUCUGUCUUUUAGUUUGUGCUGGGCUCUACAAGGUCUGAAUUCUUUGAACUGUAAUGUUUUGGAUUUUGAAUCAUUCUGUGUAAUCCUAGUGCUUUAGGUUUUCCUUUUCUAGGGAUUAGCUUCUGGGUUUGUUUGUAUAAUUCAUAUAGGACCUAUAUAUCAGAGUAUAGCUUUGCUUUGAGCUUCGAGUUGGUCUUCUCCACUAGUUAAUAAAAUCCUUGAUGUAUCUUCAUAAAGAGAGAAAGAUUCACA